UGGUUGUAGGUGUCUGAUAUCUGAUAGGUUGACUGUGGUCACCUGAUCAUAUUAUCAUGAGCACCAUGAAACGUGCGUUAGAGAACCAAGAAAACGUCUUUCAGCCUCGCCGUGUACAAGGACCAGAAACGUACAGCCACCGUGUAUUAGCUCCGGCACCGCCGACAGUUUACGAAGGAGUUGCAGAGAGCAUGUCAACCAGUUUACAGUUCCCGGCAGUACCUGGAUAUCAGGUUGCACCAGUGAAUCAAGGAGGUGGCCCUCCCCACAGUAAUGUACAUCUUCCUCAUCCGCACCAUGCUGCCCAAACGCAGGCUCAGGCACAGGCCCAGGCACAAGCGCAGGCUCAAGCACAAGCUCAUCAACAACAGUCGGUUCAUCAAGCUCAUGCUCAUGCACAGAUACUAUCUCAGGCUCACGCUGCCCAGGUUCAAGGUCAACAGCAGCAGUUUCAGAGACUAAAAGUGGAAGACGCGUUGUCGUACUUGGAUCAGGUCAAGUUACAGUUCGGUAACCAACCCCAGGUGUACAACGAUUUCCUGGACAUUAUGAAGGAGUUUAAAUCACAGAGUAUUGACACUCCCGGUGUGAUAAAUCGGGUUUCGAAUCUCUUCAAAGGUCAUCCCGACCUCAUCGUUGGCUUUAACACGUUUCUACCGCCGGGAUACAAAAUCGAGGUGCAGGCCAAUGAUAUGAACCAAGUGAACGUUAGUAUACCCGGUCAGACCCAUCCCAACACUAUAACUAUGCAUCUAACGCCCCCUCUACCGCAGGCCCAAGUCACUCAGCCAGCCCAACAACCAUCGCAACAAGUGCCACCCCCAUCACAGCAACCACAGCCUGCUACACCGCAGCAGCAGCCACCGCUGCAAACUCCGACAACGCCGCAGACGCAACCUACCUCUGGAGUGAAGCCGCCGACACCGCAUCACUCUGUCACAUCAAGCAUUUCAAAUCAACAUCCACCGCAACCAGCGUCGGCACAGCAACAUGCGUCAUCAGGGCAAAGUUUCCCCCAGCAACCGUCGUCACAGCAACAAGCAACGCCACAGCCUGUACAAUCAUCACCGCAGCAUAACUCUCAGACCCCUUCUCAGCAAGUCAGUCAACCUGUGGAGUUCAACCAUGCAAUCAACUACGUUAAUAAAAUAAAGAAUCGAUUCCAAGGUCAGCCUGACAUCUACAAAGCGUUUCUGGAGAUACUUCACACGUACCAGAAAGAACAGCGGAAUGUCAAGGAGUCCGGUGGCUGUUAUCAACCGAGCCUAUCAGAGGCUGAGGUCUAUGCCCAGGUAGCUAAGCUGUUUCAAAACCAAGAAGACCUCCUACAAGAGUUUGGACAGUUUUUGCCGGAUGCAAACAGUGCCCAGGCUACAACCAACUUUAUGCAGGAGCUGAAACACCGGCCGCCUGGAGUGACCAAUGAUCACAGUUCAACAGUCAAGAAACCUGGCAUGUCGAGUAAAAGUAAUAAUAAAAGUUCCCAUCCAAAGAGAGCAAUGUCUGGUCAACCGGGUGCCCCUCAGAAGAAAAAACGUUCUGUUAAAGACCCGUCACUGUCUGAUUCCAGUAAGCAUGGAAGCCUGAGUGAGUUUGCAUUUUUUGACAAGGUACGCAAAGCCUUAAAGAGCCAAGAAGUCUACGAGAAUUUUCUGCGUUGUUUGGUUCUGUUUAACCAAGAAGUGAUUUCUAGAGCUGAAUUAGUCCAGAUUGCCACGCCAUUCCUAGGAAAAUUCCCAGAAUUGUUCAAAUGGUUUAAAGAAUUCCUUGGAUACAAGGAAAGUGAUCGGAUAGAGCCGCCUCCACAGACAAAAGAACGAACAAGUAGCGAACUCGCUAUGGAGAUCGAUUUCUCAUCAUGUAAGCGGUACGGUGCCAGCUAUCGAGCACUGCCUAAGAGUUACACACAGCCUAAGUGCACUGGCAGAACACCGCUAUGUAAAGAGGUGUUGAACGACACAUGGGUUUCGUUCCCAUCCUGGUCAGAAGACUCUCAAUUUGUGACGUCUAAAAAGACGCAAUACGAAGAGCAUAUUUACAGAUGCGAAGAUGAGCGAUUUGAGUUGGAUAUCGUCUUGGAAACCAACCUUCAGACAAUCAGAGUCCUGGAAGGCGUACAGAAAAAACUAUCACGCAUGUCCUCUGAAGAAGCCGCUAAAUUUCGUCUUGACAACAGUCUAGGCGGUACCACGGAAGUCAUACACAGGAAGGCGAUACACAGGAUAUAUGGGGAUAAAUCAUCUGAUAUCAUCGAAGGACUGAAGAAGAACCCUGCCGUAGCCGUACCUUUAGUCUUGAGGAGGUUAAAAGCUAAAGAAGAAGAAUGGAGGGAAGCUCAGCGAGGGUUCAACAAAAUCUGGCGAGAUCAGAAUGAAAAAUAUUAUCUGAAAUCGUUAGACCAUCAAGGUAUUAAUUUUAAACAGACAGACACUAAAGCAUUGAGGUCAAAAAGUCUAUUGAAUGAAAUAGAAACUGUCUUUGAUGAGAGACAAGAGUCAGCUGAGGGAAAUGGAGAUUAUGCGGGUUCUCAUUUGUCGUAUAUAUUCCAUGAUAAGGCGAUACUGGAGGAUGCGGCAUCACUUAUUAUUCACCACGUCAAAAGACAAACAAGUUAUUCAAAGUGGGAAUGUAACUUUGCAAUAUUCGUGGCUAAGAAAUGUUGGUUGCGACCGCCGAAUGACCCUGAACCAGAAGAAUAUUACUCUACAUUUCUUGAGAUGGUUCGUAAUUUAUUGGACGGCAAUCUUGAAAGCACGGUGUACGAAGAUCAGAUGAGAGAAAUGUUUGGUAUUCACGCGUAUAUAUCUUUCACGGUGGACAAAGUGGUACAGAACUCAGUCAGACAGUUGCAGCACAUUGUAGCCGAAGAUCUGAACAUACAAAUAAUGGAACUAUACAUCUCAGAAAAAAAAGUUGGCGGUUCGGGUGGAAGUCGCGCCAGUCAGGCGGCUAGAGCCGCAGCGGAAGCAGCCUAUCAGAGAAAAGUGGAACAAAUACUAUCAGAUGACCAAAAUGUUUUCAAAAUAAAUUAUUAUAAAUGCGAGAGUAAACUGACGCUAGAACUCUUAGAUACAGACGAAGACCAUAGCGAUGACCCUGUAGAGGUUGAGAAGUGGUCAGAUUACGUCGAGAGGUUCGUUGGUAACGAUAACACAACCCCAGAAUUAAGAGAGUCAUUGUCUCGGAAGCCGGUCUUUCUGCCAAGGAAUGUACGGAGAGGUCGUCAACAGAAAGCGGGAAGUGACACAGACUCGGCUUGUGAGGAGAACAUAGAGAAGGAGAAGAAAGAAGUACGAAAAGAAAACAGAAUCCGAUCCGGAGACGACGGAAAAGGAUAAGAAGGAGAAGGAAGAGCAUUGGAUGGGGUGGAGAUGGCAAGCAAUAUGGAAUGUAAAUUUAAUUUGAAUUCUUACAAAAUGGUGUAUGUGGUAAAUUCAGAAGACUACAUGUACAGGAGAUCAGCUCUUAAAAAGGCCAGAGAGUCGCAUCCAGUGAUAUCAACAAAGCUCCACAAAAGAUUUCGCCGCUGGCUCACAAACUGGGAAGUCGGUAAUAUCUCAGAGGAUCAACGGUCGUCCUGUAGCGACUGGUUGCUUGGCAACGUGGACGACAUGAAAGUGUGCGAGACAACAAAGACCCACGUGAAGACGGACUGUUUGGACUAUCAUCGCUAUUGCGUUGUAUACAAACCUUUGGUUGAAUCGUAAUCCUCACUCAUUUAUUUUACUGUUACUAUAGAUACGAGUUGCUAUGACAACCUAAUGCGGCCACUGUGAGAAUGUGCUGUAAUCCAGUGUCGGAACAUAGCCCUAAUAUAUUGCAGUCAGUGGACACAUGGUAUUUAAUGAUUUCUCAUGCUGUUUGUUGAGGGCGCUGUUUCAUUACUUGAGUGGAAACUCAGAUUUGUUAAUAAUAGAUCCUGGGUUAAAUUUUAUACAAAAAAAAUUGUUUUUGCG